UGAGGGAAGCGGAGCAGCCGCCGGCAAGAGCGCCUCCCAGCAAGCUCCGCACCAGCCCACCAUGUCCCACCUGGACAGCGUGCCCGCCAUGGGUGCACUGGGCCUCCUUUCCCACCCUGUCUGGUUCCUCUGCUCCUUGGCCCUGUUCGUGGUGCUCUGGGCAAGGAGGUGGCGGCGGUGGAGCCCUGAGGGCUGCCCCGUGGACCUGAGUGGCCGGACAGCCAUCGUCACUGGAGCCAACUGUGGGAUCGGCAAGUGCGUGGCUCUGGACUUGGCCCGCCGGAACGCGCGCACCAUCCUGGCGUGCCGCAGCGAGGAGAAGGGGCGCGCCGCGCUGGAGGAGAUCCGCCGCGCCACGGGCAACCCGCACGUGCAGCUGCGCAUCCUGGACACCAGCAGCAUGGCGUCGGUGCGCGCCUUCGCCCGGCGCUUCCAGCGCGAGGAGCGGCAGCUCCACAUCCUGGUCAACAACGCGGGCGCCUCAGGCCUGCCGCACGGGGUCACCUCCGAGGGCCUGGAGCGGCUCUUUGCCACCAACGUCCUGGGCCCCUUCCUGCUCACCAACUUGUUGCUUGGUACCAUGACAGCUUCCGCCCCCGCCCGCAUCGUGAACGUCUCCUCCUUCCUGCACUACUAUGGCGAGGUGAACCUCAGGUUCCUGACUGGGGAGGAGCGGCCCAAGUCCAGGGCAGAGGCCUACAGAAGCUCCAAGCUCAUGAACGUCGUCUUCUCUGCGCAGCUGGCCCGGAGGCUGCGGGGCACAGGGGUGUCGGUCAACGCUCUGGAGCCUGGCAUCGUCUGGACGGAGAUCAUGCGCCAGCACAGCUGGUGGGCCCGGCUGCUCUUCAACAUCUGCGGCAUCUUCCUUCAGAGUGCAAAGGACGGCGCCACCAGCACCCUGUACUGCGCGGUCGCCAAGGAAGUGGAGGGCAUCUCCGGCAAGUUCUUUGACCGCGACUGUAGCCUGAAGGCGCCUCUGGCCCUGGCUGAAGAUGUGGAGGUGGGACGCAAGCUGUGGGACGCGAUGGCGGAGCUGACGGGCCUCGAAAUGAGCGCGAGGGAGUGAGCUGCCAGCGGCCCGGGAGGAGUGCCUCCCCGCGGGAGCCUGCAGGGCGGCAUGCUGAGCCUCGAGCCUCAGAGGCAGCCCCCCCUGCGCUUGCUUUGCUUCCCUGCUGGACCUCACGGAUCGCUGAUUGAGCUGCUGCAAUUCUGCUCUGGGCCACUCUGCAUGUAACUGUUGCAAGAGAAGCCGGGGGUCAGACUAGAUGGCCCGG